AUUCUGGAAAUAUAAUUAGGUAAUUCUUGUGGAAGCAGAUAGUCAGCACAUUGCCAAAGAUCAUGUACCUCGUUUUAUCCACUACGACUUCUCUGAUCAUAAAAUCGACAACAUGCAUGCGGUCGAAAUCGUCCAUUUGAUACAUGGCCACGGAAUCAAGGCGGAUGGAUGUCUUUCUUUCUCGGACGAAUGUGUUCCUUUGGCAGCUCUUAUUAAUGAAACGUUGGGAACAAAAGGUCCAAGCUUCAAGGCAAUGAUGACAGCCAAUUCGAAAUCAAUAACUCAAAAUGUUUUGAGCAUGCGCGGAGCAGAUUUAUCUCAAUGGCCUCGGACGGACAUGUAUUCAACAAAGGCCAUACAUUUGACGACAGAAAUGGAUUGCGACAAAUUGCCUGAUGGCUUUAGGUUUCCUGCAAUGUUGAAACUAGAUAACGGCGCGGGUUCAACUGGUGCUUGUGUUAUUGAAAACAAGGUUGAUAUAAAAUAGCUUAAUAACGAUGGU